AACACGGCCACCUCCUUCCGGAGUUCUUUCUGCCCCCUUCCGCUCCGCUCCGCCUCCGUGCUGAUCGAUGGCUUCGGAUUGCGCUCGAAUGGCGGGAGCGGCGCGGCCGUCCAAUGGUCAGCGCCCUUGGCUUCCUCCUCUAGCCGACGCCACCCUUCUCGCGCGGCUCCGAGACGGCGAGGCCAGGUUCGAGCUCCUCGAGGACUCCGGCGGGGCCGCGUCUGCUACCCCACCAGUUUGGCCCGGCCUCAGCUGCUUCGCGAGGGUCGCUACCUCUCUGAGGGGCGGGUGGUCGGGGGCGCUGAACAAGGUGGAACACUACGGGGUCCAGAGGGUCACGGGCGAUGGCCGGUGCAUGUUUCGGGCGUUGGUGAAAGGAAUGGCAAAGAAUAAGGGGAUUUCAUUGACACCAAGGGAGGAGGUACAAGAUGCAGAUGAUUUACGGAUGGCAGUAAAAGAAGUUAUCUGUGAUGAUGCAAUUGAACGACAAAAAUAUGAAGAGGCAGUUAUAGCAAUUACUGUGGAGGAAUCAUUGAGACGCUACUGCCAUAGGAUAAGGCGGUCUGAUUUCUGGGGUGGAGAGUCAGAACUCUUGGUUUUGUCUAAAUUGUGUCGUCAGCCAAUCAUUAUUUACAUUCCAGAGCGUGAGUAUCGUGGACGUGGAAAUGGUUUUAUUCCUAUAGCAGAGUAUGGAUUGGAAUUUUCCAAAGACUCAAAACAGUGGAAGAAAAGAGUGCCAGUAAGACUGCUAUACAGUGGGAGGAAUCAUUAUGAUUUGCUACUAUAAGAUGGUUGCAGGGAACAUUAUCAGUACCCUGAAGGCUUGACCCAUUUUAUGACAACUCAUUUUCGUUCCAUGGUUCCAUUAUUUGAUCCUGCAAAGUUUUUGUUUCGAUGCUAUUAGCUAAAUGCUCUACAGUAUCAAAUUAAUCGAUUCCAUCUACUGUUCUAGGAUUAUGCGAGUGCAUUUGCAGUUCCAAACUUCCAGGGCUAAAAUGACCAUUAAUUCUGGUAUGUCGCACGGCGGCACGGGCUACCUACGUGAUAGACCAUUAAACCUGGUAUCUAACCCAGUGAGGUCAUUAGGUAUUUAGGCUAGUGAUUCGGUUGGCAUGAUGCCGUCAAGCUGUUGACCGUAUUCCCGGUUGGUGCCGGGCAAGCGGGCAUAAUAAUGGUGUGUUCGUCGGACUCGGUGGUUGCAAGGGCAAGGCGAUGCGACAUGCUUCAAAUUCUAUCACGGGUUGUUGCGAGCCUGGUUAAUCGGAAUCAUAUGCUCACGUUGGAUGAGCAUGAGCUGUUCGAUGCAUCUCUACUCCUAUGUCCUACCAGAUGUUUUGCUCAAUGGAAGUAGCCAGUCUUUUUUGUUCUUUCUUCUGGGUGGAGUGGAGGGCCAAUUUUUGUUUAAUCCGACGCUGCAGUUCGUCGCGAAAAUACUAAUGGCAAAAAUGGUUCUUUAUCAAUUGGGUUGCCACUUGCAACGGAUCAAGAAGGCAUUAUGCUAUGCUUGCAGCAACGUUGUGAUCCAGUGCACAAUGACGCUCACCAGCAGAUAGUAAUCGUACGUUCCUGACCAAAUCACGACUAGCUUGCCAAAUACGAGCCAUAGCCUGCAAGUUUAACUAACACAGGUGUCAUUGGAGUAAAUGAUGCAUUGAUCCCUUGUCCUCUUGCUAAGCUAAAAGCUAGAGCUGGCCUGCCUGGCCACAGGCCACUGCCGUGACAGUGCUACUCGCCUGCUGUAGUAGACCCCUCAAUUCAGGGGCCCGUCGUCUACGGAGUGGAGCGAGCUUCCUUCAGUGCACGUAUCAAAACACGAAACUGUCCUCUCUCUAUUGAAAUAAAGACGAGGAGAAAAGAAUUAAUACAGUAGUAGGAGAAAGAGCUAGUGCACGUAUCAAAACACGAAGCUGUCCUCUAUUGAAAUAAAGACGAGGAGAAAAGAAUUAAUACAGUAGUAGGAGAAAGAGCUAAUGGAGACAGAGAGUACUGGUAUAGUGUACUGCAAUGCGCAGUGCAGGGCGUAACAUGUUGCUCCAACCAACAAUUGCCAAUGGAGAAGAUACAAGGGGAUAGUCCGACGAGUCAGCCGGAGAAAGGCUGGCCGACGUGGGCCGCACCACGCAACGAAAAAUCCCUCGCCAUCACUGAGCCUGGCGCGCCGGGCCCACCGCCCCCCAUCCAUGCGGACGCAGCUACUAGUAGCAGUCGUCGUUGCUUCUCCUGCACUUCUCUCUCUCCUCGUAGUACACCGCUGGUACUGCCCAACCGAUGAUACUACUACGACUACCCUGCGCCGCCGCUGCGAUGGCGGAGGCGUGGUCUCAAUGGCAGGUGGGCCUCACUGCGUCUGGGCCCACGCUUGCAGUGACACGAGCGGCUGUUCCGUAACCGAGAUGGCGCGUGCGCGGAG